AUGUAUCGAUCGAUUUGCUCACAAAUUUUGUGCUUGAAAUGGUUCAAAUCACCAGCGGAAGAAGUCUCCACGACAGAUAACGAAGUAUCAAUAAUGGAUAUGCCAGAUUUAGUAAUGAGGAAGAUUUUAGGCUAUGUCGACUUCAUAACCAUUAUGAAUCUUCGAAAAGUGUGUCACGCAUUCCGAAACUUCAUCGACGAUACAAAACUGGACUAUGGGUUGACUCGAGUGUGUUUCGUGGUUCGACCAUCUUUAAUCCGUGUGAUAAUUUAUCGGUCCAAUCCCAUGGUAUCAAGUUAUACCGAUCUCAUCACAUUAAAUCAUGUCGAUCCCAUCAUAUUAAAUUACGCGAAAUACGCGACGAGCAGUUUGGUGAAUAUAAAUGGAUCGGAUAGAGUAACAUUUCUAAAAGAGGAAGAUUUUUUGGAUGUGUUUUCAAGAGAUCUCAGAGUAAUCUUGAGAAACCAACGACUGUCUUCGAUGAGAUUAGAAAUAAAGGAAAAAGACUACGACCUUGUUGGUUCAAUGUUUUACAAGGAGUUUUUGAACAGAAACUUUACAUCUAUCACCAAUAAGAAAUAUGGGUGGUGGUCUUGUUGUCGAAAUAGAUUCAAAUCUCAAUGGGAAUUUGUGAACCAUUUGCAUGCUGUCAACGAUGUACAUUUUUUGAAACCAUCUGUCGACCAGUUCUAUGAUUGUUUCAAAACUGUCCUAAAAUCAAGAAGCAGCACCCCCAUUCAAAUAAAAAAAUUGGAGAUUCAAGUUAUGGAAUCCUACCAUUUAAUGGAUAUCGCUCGUUUCAUUGAUAUAAAACACAUGAAAUGCCUAGAUAUAGAUCGUUUAAGACUUGACGAAGAUAAAGAGCAGUUUCUUGAUGAAAUUGUAGAAUUGAAUGGCUGGGAGUGCAUUCAAGAAUUGACAAUCAGAAAUUUCAAUAUCAAUAUACCACUUGAAAGAUUUCUACACAAAUCACAAUUGAACAUUCAAAUUCCAGCAAUUUCCAUGGAAGAUGUCCUAUUUCUGAAGAUGAAACUACUCACUUCUCCAGUUUUCGAGAAUUACACAAUUUAUUAUGACGAUCCGAAAGACAACAUGGACCAGUUAUUCUCAAUUCUUGGACGUUCCGAAACUGAGAGAGUGAAACAUUGGUAUUUCCGAAUCGCGGACACAAAACAAUUAUCGUGGGGGGGGGGGUCUCGUUGCGGAAUUCCGAUUUACGGAUAUCACGGGAAUUCAGAUGACGACGACGACCAGGAACAAGAUUAUGGAGAUGAUUCCGAUUAA